GCAUGCGUUCGUUCCGCUUUACAACAAAGCUUGCGGUUUAGAGCGCUCAAUCGAGUUGUCUUUCAAAGCGAAUUCUUGCUCAAAAUAGUGAAUUUAUCGGUAUUUUCUCGACUUAUCUUAAGUCUAUAUCACCAGCAAGGCUUGUGAGUCUAUAUCGUUGUAGUUUAGAGCACAUUCUCACCAAGAAUCACAACAUUUCUCCUUAUUUUCAGUGCCUUUGAAAUGGGCCAAAGUGAUACAGAAAGUACUUCGUCAUCUAUGAGAGGCAAUCCUGGGUCACCAAGAGACCCUUCCACCCUGUUUGAAGAGGUCUCCAUGGAUACUCUGGGGACACAAUAUGCAAGGGGCGGGCCAGGGUCACCGUCCACUUCCAGCGACAGCAGUGAAUUGGACAGUAGCAUGAUAAUCACCGGGGAGAGGCCCAAGACAAGACAGAGGGAUAUUCCAUUUAUUGACCUGACAUCCCUUGAUGGGAAUGAGCCUAGUGCGACUAGUGAGGCAGGGUCACUUCAUGUAAAUGACCCAGUCAAUGAUGUGCAUGGUAUGUACAAUGAGUUUGCAGCUCGUGUCCAGCGUCAGCUCCAUGCAGCCCGUGAAAGGGUUGUAAGAAUGAGAGCUGAGCGAAACCGUAUACGCAUCCAUGCGCUGCGAACACGCAUACAGAAUUGCCCAUACAUCACAACCUACAGAGAUGGGAGGCGACACAGUCCACUAGCUCGGCAAAGACCUGAAGCUGUUAUUGACAUCACAUCAUCACCCAGAGGAAAUGGAGUCUCGCCAAUUGUGAUCACAGAUUCACCUGGCUUAAGUAGUUCCAUGCAGGGUGCCAGUCCAUCAGCUAUUCCAGAGGUCAUUGAGGAAAAUCCCCCCGACAUGAACACAGAAUCACUAGACCACCCCUACCACCAGGGACGGUCAGACCAGAGAAUAACCUGGCGACAACGCCGAGAGGCACUGCAGAGGAUUCAGGACCAGAUUCGCUCCUGUGUCCAAGACACGUCGGAUGAGGCGUUAGCACGCAGAUUGCAGGCGCAAUUUGACCAGGAGUGCAUAGAGGAACAGCCCCAGUCAGGGCCAAUUAGUGAAGCUGCAUUCCUGGCGCAUGUUAGCCCUGACUUAGGAGCUGGGCCUGUGCCCUCUCCAGUACAUUCUAGACGUACCUCAUAUAGGCGUGGCUUCCUGCGCAGGCACAACCUAUCCCCUCACUUCACCCCAGCAUCUGGCUUACCUGACCUUUUGCUUCCAUUUGUUUCGGUUACUACUCUGCCGCCACCUCUACAUCACUUUGGUGAUCCUGGCCAGAACCAGAACAAUGAGAAUGAAGAUUUUGAGGUGCUUUGGAACCUCAGCGAGAGGAUAGGCCCAGCCAAAUCAAGAGGACUGUCGAAAGAAGUGAUUGACCGCAUCCCAUCAUUCCGGUUCAGCGCUUCCAACAAGGACAUGUCCAAUGGUAGCUGUGUUGUGUGCAUGAUGGACUACACCAAUCGGGAGAAGCUUCGCAAGCUACCCUGCAAUCAUGACUUCCAUUCCAAGUGUAUCGAUCGCUGGCUUAAGAGCAAUCGAAGCUGCCCUAUAUGUCGCGAGACGGUCACGAAUUCGUAACCACGCCCUGUCCAUCUUUGACCGAGUACUAUACAGUAGCCUAGUUAUGAACAUUAUAUUCUUGUAAACAAACAGCUAGUUAUGUGUAUAAUUAUCGUUACUUGUUGCGAUGUUAA